AUGGGCUUUGGCCGGAGGUGGAGAGAGUGGGUGAAGGAGUGUGUUGGCACAGCAUCUAUGUCGAUCCUGGUAAAUGGCUCACCAUCUAAACCGUUUAAGAUGGAGAGGGGUUUGAGACAAGGGGAUCCAUUAUCUCCGUUUUUGUUUGUUCUAGUGGUUGAUGUUCUGCAUAAGAUGGUAGAGAAGGCAGUCAGGAAUAGACGUAUUAUGCCCCUGCUAGUUGGUAAGGACAACAUAGAGCUGUCACACCUCCAGUUCGCGGAUGACACUAUUUUGUUCUGUCCACCAGAAGAAGAGACCAUCAGAAAUUAUGCCAGGCUACUAAGGUGCUUUGAGGUGAUGUCGGGGUUAACCAUUAGCUUUGAUAAAUCAAGUUUAAUCCCAAUCAACUGUGAACAGCAGUGGACAUACGACAUGUGCAACUUGUUGGGAUGCAAGGAGGCCUGCCUCCCAAUCAAAUUUCUUGGCAUUCCCUUAGGAGCGAACCCAAGACUAGUAAGGACUUGGAAACCAAUAAUUGACAAGGUGGAGGAGAAGCUCAGCCUGUGGAAAGCAAAGGUUCUCAAUAAAGCGGCUCAAAAAUUACCUACUAGAGGGGGUCCAUGGAAGGAUAUCUGUCAACUGCAGUUCAGGAAUGAUGCUGUAAAAGAUAAGAUGAUUGCGGGGUUGUCUAUGGAGGUGGGUGACAGAAGGAGGACUCGAUUCUGGGAAGAUCUAUGGUUACAAAGUGGUCCAUUAAAGAUGAGUUUUCCGAGACUUUUCUCCGUUUCAAACCAAAAAGGAUCAGUCAUAGGGGAUUGUGGGUUUUGGGAUGGGUUAGAGUGGAUCUGGAAUUUCCAGUGGAGGCGAGAUUUAUAUCAAUGGGAGUUGGACUUGGUGGUUCAAUUGCAUGAGACUUUACGACCUGUAAAGCUGGAACAUGAUAAGCAAGACAGAAUUUAUUGGAAAUUUGACAAGGAAGGUGUGGUGUCUAUGGCUAUCUGA